ACCAAUGAAGCUGACGUGGCGUUUUCAUGCUUUCCAGUCUUUGGGCUAAAAUAUAUGGUAGAAAAAACUUGACGCAAAUAAAAAUGCGAAAACCCCAAAAUCCCAAUCAGCAGCGAUCGAGAUUUUCGCCGCUGAAAUCUGGAGACUGAUUAAUACACACUUGUUCGUGUUCUUCAUCGGAGAUACCAUAGAUCGGAAUAUUUUACCUCGAUUUGAUUUCUGUUGACGUAACAUUUGACUGUGGGUUUGUGGGGGAAUUCUAGGGUUCUUAUUUGAUGAAGAAGAACUGAAGUGAAAAUGACCAUUAAAAUCUCCCAUCAGAUCAGAUGAUGUUUCUUCGAAAUCGGACAAGGGAAUCGAAUGAUCGUCGGAUUCGGUAAGAGAGAAGGUUAGAUCUUCACCGAAAUCUGGAACUCGAGAUCCUUCGUUUUGUUUGAUUUUCUCUAUGUCUCGUUGUGACUGAACAAGAGUUGGUCCGAAAAGAACAAGUUCAAGCUGAAGCUGUUGUGUUCUUAGUUUCUGUCUGGUGAAACUUAUUUGAGCUGCUGCAAAAACCUCAAAGUUGUUAUUUUUUCUGAAAUAACUUUCUUUUGAGACAAAUGGUUUCACUACUAUUGUGACUUCCUUGAAAUCAGAGCUGUUAUUAGGGUUUUUGUAUAUUUAGGGACAAAGAUGCAUGCUAGGCAACGCAAUGUUGGGAAUGGUUACAGAUCUGGUUCAAUUGGAAUGGGGAUGUCUGGUUCUAGAAUUUCCCCUGAGCGUCCUAUGAGAGGACAUGGGUUCUAUGAACACCAACACCGUGGCUUUAACCGUGGAUAUGGACGUGGAAGGGGACGCUCUAAAUCAUACCACAAUCAGCUGCCUCCGCCUCUGCCUCCUCCACCGGUGCAGCGUAGAAGCAGUGGCGGUGGUGGUGACGUUUUCAUGGAGGCUGGUCGUCUAGCAACAGAGUACUUGGUUUCUCAGGGUGUUCUACCACCAACUGUGCUUUCCAGUAAAUGGCAGAAUGCUAAUUUUAGGAAGCAAGCUGGAGAGUUUCAGAGUUCCAGGUCACAAGAAGCAGCUCGAAUGGAUGUUUCAGCUCCAGCCGCAGAUAAGAGGAGGUAUAUUGAUGGCUAUAGCUCAGCUGGCUCCAGGAAUAGCUUGAAAGGAAGGAGAUCCAACCGUUAUGACUCGGAUUUCGGGAGGAGCGGAUCUUGGUCAGAGAGAACUAAAGCUUUUGAGACUGAGACUGGUGACGACUCUGUGUCUGGGCAUCAAGAAGAGCAGCCGCUUGCUGAAGAUAUUGCUAGCUCGGUUCAGCGGUCAGCCUCCGGUGAAUUUUUGAGAAAGUGUGAAGGAGCUGGUGAUUCCGAGUCUGUGUUGGAAAAGUACAAUCUCCAAGAUGAGGCACAGUCUAAGACAGGUUCCUCGAGUGCCGGGAAAGAAAUAGUACACGAUUGUGAAAUCUCAAAAGUAUCAGAAGGCUCUUCUAGUUUGAGUGCUGGAUCAGGAGAGAUGAAAGGUAGGUCUGGUGGUAAUGGUGGAGAGAAUGAGAACCAGUCUGCUAUCGAAGAUGGAUCUAUCCAUCAACGUUCUGAAGAUGCAUCUAUUGAUCAACAGUGUGGGGCUGAUGAAUCAUUCACCAAGAGUGGUAUUGAUUUGGCAACGCUGUGUAAAUUUGAGAAGGUGCCUACGAGAACACGCUCUUCUCUGACUGCAAAAGGCCCAAAGCUUUAUUUGAGUCAAACUAUCAAGGAUAUUUCUCAUAAUUCUGGACUUCUAGAAGAAGAUCAAACUGAACAUCGAUGUGAGACUCGAGGCCAAUCAUCUGGAAAGGCUGAUAGUACUGGUGAUGAAAAUUUCAAUGACCAAGUUGAAGAUUUGGCUCUUGUUCAAUAUGAUGAGAACAGUAAAUGUCAUAGGUCUAAUUCUUUCCCUAGUAGCAUUCUCAGGGAUAACAGUGAGAAAGAUUCAGGAUUAGAAUUGCCUAAUCUGCACAGAUCACAUUCGGUGGGGAAAGUAGGUGAGAAACGGGUUGGUGAAGGCGGCAGUGACUUGGAGGAGAAAGCAAAAAGACAGAGAGAUUGGGUGCCUUUGCCAGUCCCUGAAGCCAAUGAACGCUUCAACAUAUUUAAGACAAGCAAAACGCAACGCAAUCCAGAAGAAGAAGAAAAGACAAGCUCGUUCAACAAAAGACUGAUUGAUGGUGCUACUGGAAGAAGGGUCAGCCAUGAAAGUCUGGUUAAUAACUCUACACACAAUAGGACACGCACUGGCAAAACAGGUCCUGGGUAUGCUGAAGAACAUCAGCUGUUUCCUGCUUCGUUUAAGAUCUGUGACCUAAAUCUAGGGGGAGCGUCGGAUGUGAAUGAUGGCAAAAAGGAAUCUCGUCAAGCUGUUGAUUUUGAUCUCUCAAUCAGCAGUUCUAGUAAGUCUCUUGAGUUUGGUACGAGUACUCGGAUGAGCAAUGGUAAAGAGAUAGAAGUGAUUGAUUUGGAUGAUGAUUCCCCUGAAGUGGUAAAGUCCAGCAAUGAUCCGGGAAGAAAGCAAGAAGCUGCUCCAUAUAUGGGCAUCGAUGACGUCCCAGACUACAAUGAAGGACUCAUGAUGGUAGAGUUUCUUGAUUCCUUUGAAAACAUUCCUCCAAUAAACCAGGAGACCAAUAGUGUUCCACAGAAUAACAACGCAGUUAGCCUUCAAGACAGAGAGGGAGCUAUUGGAAAUGACCAAGUACCAAAUAAUACAGACGAUGACUCGAUCUUCAUGUCACUGGGAGAAAUACCAUUGACAUUCUUGCAAUCUUGGGACCACCAACCUCCGGCUAGAGAGUACGAGAAGCCUUUCUGAUUCUCUUUUUUUUUUUUUUUUUUUUUUGUGUUUCUUCAAUCUGUGUAAUGAGUGUGUAGUAGCCCAAUAUGGUUUGUGCUAAUCUCAAUCCUCUCAGAUGUAAGAUUGUGACUUUUGGUGUUUUAUGGUUGUAUGUACCCUUUGUAAUUCUAUCUGUUUAUUCUCCAGUG